GCACCGAACCGUUGUUAUAAAUCCUUAUUUGCGAAUUAUACGAAAUCGCGAAUUUCGUUUACCUAAAUUUCUAUAUUCAAAAUACUUAGAACUUCAUUCUACACCUACAGUAGCCAGAUUCGGAAAAAGUACGCAUUCACCCUGUAUACCUAUAGAAAAAAUAGUUUAAUUUCCUCACUAAACCAGUAUAAUCGUUGAAAAUUUUAAUUAACAUUCCACAAUGGUGACAUUUUGCUGAAUUAAAAUGUUAUCAAGGGAAAUAAAAAUCAGUUCAAGGUCAUUGAGCACCCAUAAUGUUCAAAGUAUCAAUUUUUGGAGAAAGGAGAGCGUUACUACUGCCUAUGUUACCAUAACAGUGUGAAAAGUAAUAUGUAUGACGCGAAUGUCAUGUGAACAACAAUAUCAAAAUUUAAUAAAAUGACAGAAAAAAAUGAUAAUAGUAAAUUAGAGAAAAACUGACCUAGAGUAAUGAAAAAAAUGCAGAAAAGGUUGCAAUAAGGACCAUAGAUGGUUAAAUAUUUGUAUUUGAUGAAGUAUACGAUAUGUCUGUAAUAGCUAUCAAGGUGAAAAAGAUCAAUGUUGAGGUGUUAAAAAGACGUAGACCAUUUGAAGCUCACUCAUUCUGUUCAGUAUAUUUAAAAGUAUAAUAUUACGUAUUAUAACGGUAUUGUGCUACAUUGUUUAAAUUAUAACCUAUAUUACAUUGAUUUUGAUGUCUAUAUAAUCUGGUCAUCUAGACAUUUAAAUGAAUAAAAUUUCACAUUAAUGUCAAUUCAUAGUUAAAAAAAUAUUUGUAAAUUGAAAAGAUAAAAAUAUGAUGAAUACUUUAAAUAAUGCUGCUAUGGAAUUGAUAUUCUCUGAGAUUGUUUACAUUAAUUAGACAAAUGCUUUAUAAUUAAUUUAGAUAAAAGGUUUAAAUGUUACAGUUAAUCUGAUUCUUUUAGACUGGUAAAAUAUUUCAUCUUAGUGAAUUUUUAUCAACUGAUGAAAUAUGUACAAUUAUAUAAAUUGUAAAUAUUAGUGUUUUACAUUAAAGAGACAUUGAAAAUAAACUUAUCUAAUACUAUGGAGCAGAAUGAUUCAAACGAUAUUGUAAAAGCUGAUAUAUCACCACGAUCGAGACAAAAAAAAAAAUCUCUUUGUCAAUUACUUAUGCAUAAAAAAACACGAGUUGGGUGUUUAGAAGUAUCUUAUAAAAAUAGUGAACCUCAAAAACAUUCCAAAAUUGAAACUUCUCAGCAUAGUUCAACCAGUACUAAAUUAUCACUUUGUUGUGCAAUGACUGAGAGAAGUCGAACACCACCUCAAAGUUUGUCCGUAAGUCGACUAUCUUCUACCUCGAGUUAUAAUUCAGUCAAAUCCGAGAUAACUUCUGUAAAUGGUAAUUGUAAAAAUAAUGCAACUAUUGAUACAAAAUCAGGAGAAAUUUCAUCUGAAUUAGAAAAUAAGUGUAAUCAUGAUGGAUAUUUGAAAAAAAGUAAUAUAUCCAUUAUACAAGAGCAACGAUCCAGUAUUUAUAAAGAAGGCGAUCAUUCAUCAUCUGACUCUACUUCUCCUUGUAUGUCUACUCAAAUGAAGCACAAAUUGUUACAUAGAAGAUCAGUAGACAAUUUAACGGCUAAAUGUUCAUCAAGAUCAGUACCACACUACAGUCCAGAAUUACCAAAGAGUGCGCCAAUUAAUGUGAAAUCACGUUCUUCAUCUCAUGAUGCAAUUAUUAAAAAAAAAGAUCGGCAAGAAAUUCAAGUAGAUGGUGUUUCGAUGGAUAAUUUAGCCAAACAGUCCCUCUUAGCUGCUCAGGUUUUAAAUUUAAUUCCAGUACAAAAAGCUAGAGAAAGAAAUUUUCUUCAUGGUCGGAUUGCUGCUAAUUCUCUUUUGGGUUCUGCAGAACUUGAAAAAGUAUUACCAAAUCGUGAAAUAAAAAUUUUUAUUGGUACAUGGAAUAUGAAUGGUCAAACUCCACCAAAAGAAUUGAAUGAUUUUAUGUUGCCAGCAGAAAUUCAUACGAUACCUGAUAUAUUAGCUAUUGGUACUCAGGAGUCAUGUUCAGAACGGAAUGAAUGGGAGGCUGCACUUCAAGAAACUUUAGGUCCAUCUCAUGUAUUAUUAACAAGUACAAGUCUUGGGACUCUGCACUUAGCAUUAUUUAUUCGACGAGAUUUAAUUUGGUUUUGUUCCGUUCCGGAAGAAGAUAGUUUUUCAACAAGACCCGGUACAGCUUUUAGAACUAAAGGUGCUGUGGCAUUAGCAUUGAUUUUGUUUGGUACUAGUUUUUUAUUUGUUACUGCACAUUUGACCGCUCAUCAGGAUAAAGUCAAGGAACGUAUUAGCGAUAUAAAGAGAAUUGUUCGCAACUUAGAUCUACCAAAAGAAUUACCAAUAAAACACAAGAGUAAAGAUGUAACACAAAAUUUUGAUUGUGUUUUCUGGUGCGGUGAUUUGAAUUUUCGUUUAUCUCAACCACGUGAAGAAGUGAUACAGUGGAUAUCAGAUACGUCUUUUCCAAAUCCAACACCAAUAUCUCUUGCAAAAGAUCAAUUACGAACCAUUUUAAAUGAAGGUGCAGUACUUCGAGGUUUUGAAGAAGCACCCAUUACUUUUCCACCUACGUAUAAAUAUGAUCCAGGAACACAAACAUUUGAUUCAAGUAGUAAACAACGCACACCUGCUUACACAGAUCGUAUUCUUUUCAAAGGCAAAGGUCAUACGAGAGGAUAUAUAAGACGAAUUAGUCAUGAUAGUACUAGUUCACAUAAGGAUGGAAGUAUCGAAUGUCUUGUGUAUGAUUCUGUUCCUAGUAUUUGUACAUCUGACCACAAACCGGUAUGGGGAGUUUUUAAAACAACUGUUCGGCCUGGUAUCGACACAAUGCCUUUAGCAGCGGGAACGUUUAAUCGUGAAGUUUAUUUAGAGGGAAUUAAAAGACGUGCUGCAGCGAUGGAUGAUUCAUAUGGAACUUCUAAAGUAUGUUCACUUCAGUGAUGCUGAGAUUCAUUCAUAAAAAUAUUAUUUCGCGAUAAAUUACUAACAGGCAAGUGUACCAUUUUAUUAGACUGAUGUAGUUUUAUUAUAAAAAUAUGAACCACACUGAGUUAUUAAUGUUUAAGAUAAACUUAAUAAAAAUUCAAAUACCAUGUAUAAUGUGUAAUAAAAUCUAGUCGUAAAUAAUUAUUCGUUGAGCUUUUCUAUAAAAAAA